GUUGGAAUCGCGAGGCUCUCAAGUCCAGCCGUGCAGUUAACACCGCGACUGAACUACCCCGCGGGCGGGGCCGCGGGAGGCGGAAACAGCAGCAACAGUGCGAAAAAGCAGCAGAUGGUCGCACAACACCGUGGCCAACACUCCUACCCGCCUGGUCGGCCGCCCUUCGCGACAGCGCCUGGUGGUGGAGCUUUCUCGCCGCAGUUGGCAAAUUUGUCACGCACGGUGUCCCGGGAAACGUCCAAAACUAGGCCGUCAGGGAUAAAUUAUGCAAACGUAAACCCGGUGACAAACCUGAACAUGAACAAUUUAAUUCCCCCUCACGCCGCGUCCAGCUUGACCACGCCUGAGCUGUCGAUGAACAACGGCAACCUAGUUUCUGCAACCUCCACCCCCCGGGAGCUGAGCCACGAGAUUGACUCGACCUAUACCGCCACGCCAAGGGAUAUUGUUGGGGAGAACGGUUCUUUUGGCGUCACAACCGGCGUUGUAAGCAACAAGAUGGACGAUGCGACAGUAGAGAGUCAUUUGGCGAGGACUGUGACGCAUUCCCCGAUGAAAAACAAUACUAACGACAGCUGCAACGGUGCCGACGCACCGUUUUCGCCGAUCAACGAGGACCGCGAAACCGCAACGCUAGGUUUUGUCAACGCCGUCGCGUCCCUGUUGUUCUCCUCCCUCGGGUCCUGUCAGAGCCUGCAGAUUGCGCUCCCGAUGCAGGAAUUACUGAGGGCAUCUUCGACGGCUGGAGAAGACGGGUCUUCUACUGCUGAGACGAAGGCGAAAAGGCGCCCGACAACUGCAAGCACCGCUACAAUAGCACUCGCCGCGACAGAAAAGGAAAGCCAAAACAUCGCUACAACAGCAAGCAACGAGAACCACAGCGAUUCUAGUUCAUCGUCAGCCCAGCCUGAAAACACCUCCAACUGGCCCUGGCUGUGCAUCCUCGUGUACGCGCUUGCGUUUUACUUCAGUCCGGCGUUUUUCGUGAAAUUUCUUCCCAAAUUUGUUCUCGCAGGGCUGGUGAUUCUAGUGGCCGUGGAUCUCAUCACCGAUUCGCUGAUUCAAUCCCGGGAGAGGAUCGCCAACAAUGAGUGGCUGGUGUUACUCUUAACCGCCCUCUUCAUGAGUUACGACAUCGCGGUCGGGGUCCCGCUCGGUCUUGUCUUCUCGCUCAUUCUCUUCGUCUUCGAAUAUUCCCAGAUGACCGGGAUUUACUGCGAAUCGGACCUUGCGGACGCCAGAUCCUGUGUCGAGUACACGGAGCACGAGAAACUGAUUUUGUGGAAAAAUCGCGACCGAGUGCAGGUUCUCUUUCUGCAUGGAUAUCUGUUUUUCGGCUCCGCGACGGUGGUAGUGGAAAGAGUUAGGGCGAAAGUAAGGGAAAGAGAACAAAGUACGAGGAUAGUAGAGACAUCGAACGAACUCGACCAAAUGCUGAACCAUGACCCAACAAAUUCAGCUUCGACCGGAGACGGAAUCUACGACAGAAGUAGUCCGAAGAGAAUUAAAACGGAAAAAUCGAGGACUAGUGCCAUCAAGAAAACCAUCAUAAUCCUGGAUUUCAGCUCCGUGCCGGCCAUGGAUGCGAACGGGGUCUUCGCCAUCGCGGAGCUCGCAAGAGAACCUCAUGUGCAGUUGGUGGUUUGCGGGCUGGUGCGACGCCUGAAAAACGCCUUGCAGAACGCCGAUUUUGGAUUCAACGAAAACAAGAAGGACUUUGGCUAUCUGGUCUUCGAGAAAGACCUAGAUCACGCACUCGAAAACCAGGAAAAGCUGAUUCUGUUGGAGUCGCGGAAAAAACUAAAGCAGGCGGCUCGAUUGGAAUUAGAUUUGAAGAGUAGUGUUUUUGAACCGAAAGUUUUGGUUCCACUGUUGCAGAAAGACCUGACAACGCACGCGCGUUUAGGUGGUGUUGGCACCGCUGAGGACAAGCGCACCGGCAUCGAAAGCGAAGACGUGACAACUACAGCAGCUGCAAAAAGUGCGUCUUUCUUGCUGCCAAUCCUGGGUCCAGCCGCCCUGGACUCAGGAGCGAGCGGCCGCACCAAAAAGCUUUUAGUGGGCGGGAAGAGCAAGGGACUGCCAGAUGUUCAGGACUUACUCCAGCCCUUGUUCGAGUACGAGGCGAUCAGUCUAACGGAACAACACAUUAUACAGACUCCGUCUGUAUCCGUUUCUCCGACGUUUUACCUGACCAACAAAGUUUUAGCGGUUGAGACAGCGCGGUACAUAUGGAGACAAGUUCUGCAAGCCGACUUCCACCUUUUUCCCAGCGCACUGCAGGACGGGGGGAAUUCUUCUUCGAAAGAAACGAUGAAUGUGAAGAGAGUCGGCGUCUCAACGUCGCCCUUGAAGCACACAGGAGCUCCUGUGCCUACAGUUCCUUCUUCCACAAUUUCCUCGGAUGACGACGAAAUUCUCGAGUUGCUCGCGGCCCGCUCCUUCCUGCGUGUCUUCGAGAAAGACAGCAGCAUUUACCUUGCGGGCGACCCGGCGAGUGAGCUCCUUAUACUGCUAGACGGUUACGUCGAGCACUUUUCAUCUGAGUUGGACACAGAGAAUUUGAAUUUAGUUCCCGCUCCAGGAGGUCCUCUCACUGGGACAGCGGCGGAUCGGACGAAAGUAAGGAAUGUGCUGCUCCCGCGGUAUCACUUGAAUGAAAAGAAGGGUGAUUUGUUCGCAUUUGAAGAGAACCCGGCGAGGCUGCGGGUGACGAAGAACGGUUGGGUGCUAGGAGUGCAGGAGUACUUGACGCAUACUUUUUCGACUUGUUUCAGUGCUUUCGCGGUUCCAGAUGCGAAAGCAUCAUCCUCGAUCAUGGGUUUCAAGACACAGAUGGCGGGGGAGGUGGGGGCCCCACCUUCCCCGCCAGCGAUACAAGCGCAGGCAGUGUUUCUUCCCGACAAUUUCUCAGUCAGUCGACGCCUUGAUUCCGCUUAUGUUUCCAGCACAGCACUGUCCACAUCUUCCAGCGCCGGUCAUCGAAAAAAUUACGGUGCCGUGUUUCUAAGUAUUCAAUUUAAAGACUUGUUCAUUCUGGAGCGGAGUCACGUGCGGUUAGGAGCGGUUUUGAGAAGUUGGCUGACAAGAAACCUGAUGCACUUGCUGGCAAGAGCAGGGUAAACAUAGUAUUUCCCUUUGAGUUUGACGUGACCGUGCCGAUGCGGUGCAAAUACUUUUCUGCUUCUUGGGUUAAAGAGAAGGCGCAGAAGCCGUUCCGGGAGCUGUUUUUGACUUUUCAGAGCAGUACUGAUGAACGUGAUGUAAAAUUUUGAAGAAGAACACCGCUGGGUAGAACUAGAAGUACUUCGUUCUGGAUGAAUAAAGAACAUAGCAUAGUGCACUGAUCAUUUACAUGAUGGAGGUGGAAGACAAUAAAGACAAACACACUCACGAAAUGCAUCCCCUCGACAACGACUAUGUGAUCCUCAGUUGUCGCAGUUUUGACCGCC